CAGCAUAUGUGGUGCCAGUGGUACCUGUGAAUGCGAUGCAGGCUAUUUUAACUACCAGAAUACGCAAUGUCUCCCAGUGAAGGCACUGGGGGACCCGUGCACGAUGGACCACGAGUGCGGGGACGAGACCACCAAACACUGUCCGUCUGGAUCGUGCGCCUGCCGGCCCAACUAUGUCAGCGUGGAGGGCGUCUGCAAACCAGCCAAAAAUCUGGGCGAGGCCUGCACCGUCAACGAAGAGUGCACGAUGACAACUGCGAACAGCAUCUGUUCUGGUACUUGUACUUGCCCUGCAGCACACUGGGAGCAUAGCGGCACCUGCCGGCCUUCGGUGGCGUACGGGGGCAGUUGCACCUACGACCAGGACUGCAGCACCCACGACGCUCGCUUCGCGUGCUACAGCGGCACGUGCUCCGACUACGUCUGCUCGCCGGUGUCCGUUGGCGGUUAUGAGUACCGGCUGGCGGGCGGCACGAGCGCCUGCAUCACGGGCCGCGUGGAGCUGCGCUCUCCGGGCGGACAGUGGGGCCACGUGUGCGAUGACGGCUGGGAUGACGUAGACGCCGGCGUCUUCUGUCGAUCUCUCGGCUUCAACGCCGGCACGUUCGCCUGCUGCUCGACUCACGGCUACGGCGGCGUCCUCAAGUUCCACAUGGACGACGUGGCGUGUGGCGGCAGCGAGAACCACCUGAUGGCCUGUUCCUACGGCGGCUGGGACCAGCACAACUGCGGCUCCUCGGAGGUGAGCUCGGUCACAUGCUCCUAGACGGCCGGAGCGCCGGGCGACGUCUCGGCCGGUGCGGCCGUCAGCGGCGGGCCCAGCC